AGAAUGAUAUCCCAGGUCCCGGGUUCUACAAUGUCAUUCACCAGUCACCAGUGUCCAACAGUGUCUCAUUGUCCAAGAAAGGAACAUGCAUGUUUCCCUCGAUGAAAGGGAUCAUUUAAGAAAAAACUAAAUAUAGCCACGUCUUACUGGAAUUCGAAUUUGGCAGAGUUGGAUACUCAAGGAACAGACCAGCUUUGGAGUUAACUUCUCAUUACCAAAGAAGCUGAGUUUGUACAUGGCCUCAGUAGGUUCACAGAACAACCAUGCCUCUACUUAUUUUUCUGCCACCAGCUCUGCUAGGAAAGAAAUUCAAAAGAAGUGCCGUCUCAUGAAGUCCUGGUGUAGAAGACAAGACUUCAGACCUGAUCCUGCCUCAGCUGUGGAUUCUUGACGUGACCUCAAGCACGUCACCCUUCUGUGUCCCAGUUGCCUCAUGAAAGUGGAGACUCCCUGGAGGCACUGGGCAAAUUAACAUUGCAAUGAGUGAAAUACUCUUUGAAACAGCAAAGCAUUAUAAACAUGCUAAAUAUUAUGAUUGUUACCACCUGAGUCACAAACAAUACUUCCUGCAACACCUAGGUUUUCUCUCCGAGAACUUCUUUGCUAAAUAAUGGCACUGCCCAUUCCUUCUUGGUGCCAAAAAAGAGACUGAAUCAGAGGACAUGAUUGGUUGUCUACAAGGCUUUGCGUGCGGUAACUUUCCAAAUGAAAAGCCGGACUAUCUGGAGGAGAAGGGGCCCAAGGCAAGAGCUGAGUAUUACAGAACCCAGCCACACCUUACAGGCCUUUAAAAAAUUCAGAACCAAACCCCAAAGAAGGCAGACUUUUCAACUGUUCAGGCUUCCCCCUCUCCUCCCUUUCACAAAUAUGGGAAUUUGUAUUUAUAGUUACGUUACACUCAAGUAUAAACACUUAAGGUCCUGUACCUGGGGAUGGGUGCCUGAAGUGGUCAAUGGAGAUCUAGUAGGAGAUCCCUGCAUCUUACCUCAUUCCUGUGUGAACUGGAUGAGAAUUUCAUAUCCCCCCACCCCACUGCCUCUUUCAGUAACUUUCACCUUUAGCACCUCCUCCACUUCUGGAUCCCAAGACUUGAAGGGAAUUAAAAGUAGCUCUCAUCAGAGAAAGAUCAGAAUGACCAGUAGGAAUGUGACUAUGGGUGAGGCUGACCAAAAAACUCUGUGGGUCUAUAAAUUUUUGAAACUUCCUCAUGACUGUUGAAACAACUACACCCAACCUUUUGAGAGACCUGUCAUCUCUCUAAGUCCAAAUGAUAUAAAGAGCUUUAUUAGUAUAUUCCAAAUCUUUGCUCCAGAAUCUUCCACAGUACUGACUAGGAGAAGUGUAUGAGGCAGGUGGGUGGAGAGUUUGAUGGCCUCUCUGUAUUUGCAUGCUGGCAGGAGUGGCUCUAGAAAAGUUAGUAGGUGCUGGAGAGAAGUUCAUAAAUGCCGGCGUAUGGCCAGAUUGGAGGCCACAGGUCUGGCAAGUAAACCAAGGGGUGUGUAGUGUUGGUGAGUGAGUGUUACUGUAGCCACACUCUGAGACUAAUUCUAUUACGAUACUUUAUAAAACAUUGCCUCUACUGGAACUCUUUUGGGAAGAAUUUUUUUCAUUUCCAAAAUGUAAGUUGUAGGUGUUCUAAACCAAGAAAGAGUCUAUGAUUGAAAGGGCUUGCUGUUACCCCAAGGCCAUACCACUUGACCUUUUCCUCUUUAGAAUGGAUCUCUGAUCCAUGUCAUGUAGUGGAGGCCGACUGCUUGGGUAGGAAUGCUGGUCCUCCACCUGAAUUAGCUAAGGAAGUUCAGCUUCCUCAUCUAUAAAAGUAGAGAUAAUCAUAAGAUCCACUGCUCAGGGUUGUCGUGAGGAUUCAACACAAAAACCCACCAAAGGUAUUGGUUAACUCUUGGCCAGAAUGAAAAAGACGAAGCAUGUUCAAGGCUGGGGUGACCUUGCUUCUAGGAGCAUCAGCAAAUCCUUACACACUGCAUGCGGCCACUUCUUAUUAGAAUUCGAGUUUGGCAGAGUUGGAUACUCAAGGAACAGACCAGCUUUGGAGUUAACUCCCCAUUACUGAAGAGGUUGAGGUCGAGCUGGGGCUUGAACCCAGGUUAGGCUCUGAACAACUUAGGCUCUGGACAAGAACACUCCCGCUUCUGGUGGUGCUACACCCACCCAAAUGCUAGUGGUGGUCCGUAAACCAGACACUGAGGACCGUCACCACCAACCACAGAGUGAAGUAGGGGGGCCCUAAUGCCUUCCUUUGGGCUCACCCAUGGCAUGUUCUGUGUUUGUGUAGUUAUUGAUUCCUAUCAAGUGAGAAAAUCCAGGGCAAUGUUCUCAAGCUUUUGACCAUUAAAUAGUAGGAAAUAUUUUGUUUUAUCAGACUCUAAUACUUGCCAUGCUAUCUUAGGGGAAAGUGAUGUUAUCACUGAGUUUCUGUAACUUUUGUCCCUGUUCUUUUGACAAACAUUGAUUCUGUUUGUUUUUUAACUGAAGAUAAUUUAUCGUGGCUUCCUGAAAGGAGUGGGAUUGGUUCUGUUAAACAGUGAAAAUACUGUAGGAUUUGAUGAAAACAGUAAUUUGGUGGAGAGUAGGAGGCACGGAUGAACAACAAGCCCCCUGGAGCUUUGUUUGAAGCAAACUCAUUGCUUAGGCAGUUCAGAUCAUUUAAUCUUAGAAACAAGAUGUGAGAUUUUACUCAGAAGAAAAGCCUAGGCUGAGAAGAGCGUCUAAAGCUUCCUAUCAUGUAAAUUACCCAACAGCUGAUGAGUCAAGGGUAAGUGGCCUGGAACAGGAUUGGGUGGAAAUGCAUUUAUGGCAAAAUCAUUUUUGCCAAGUCCCAAACAGAAGAUGAAUAAUUUGAGUUAGUUUACAGAAGCGAGUACAGGUCUGAACUUGUGUUUUCCAAGGGAAGAUCCUUAAAGCCCGAGGUCAGUGUAUCGUCGUUACCUGCCAGAGUUUUGCCUUUUAUAAAAUGCAUUUAGACCUUGUGCUGGUCACCAUCUUUUUGACAUCUGUCCUUCAGAGCCACAAUAUUAUGUGACAAUGCUGAUUCCUUUGGUUGUUUCCUUACAGUGCGCCCGACUGGACACCAUCAUUUCUAAAUACCCUGCAGCGAAUGCAUACACUAUCCCAUCGGAUUUUAUUUCCAAGAGAGACUUUAGUAAUUCAUGUUCCAGCAUGUUCCAGUUGCCAAGCUUUAUGAAAGUUCUCAAAUUUGAAACUCCUGCACCAAACUACUACAAUGCCUCUGUCUCUUGCUGCAAGCAGAGAAACAACGUCUGCGCCCGAGCCGGGUUUAUGUCAAAAACCCAAAGAGGAUCUUUUGUGUUUGCUGAAAAAGGACCUCCCCCAGGGCAUUAUGAUAUCAACGAAUCCCUUGUGAAGCAGUCGCCAAACACGUUAAUGUCUUGUUUUAAAUCAAAAACCAACCGUGGAUUAAAACUGAUGUCAACAGGCCCGGGACCCGGUUAUUACAACCCCAGUGAUUGCACAAAAGUUCCAAAAAAGACUCUUUUCCCCCACGUACAAGCCAGAGCUCCCAGGAAAGCAGUCCUUCCUCUACAACGAGGACAAGAAAUGGAUCCCGGUGCUGUAGGGAUGUCACACAAGGUCAAGGAGAACCCCGGCCAUCAGCCCGUCCCGCCCAGCUUCCCCAGGACAUUCCUCAGGAGGCGACUGACCAUGUGCGUGGCAGCUGACAACUUGGGGGCUGGCUCUACCACUCUGGCCUGGCGUGCUAGCCGGACUGCUGCCAUUGCCUUUGUCUCGAGCUGGAGACAUUGCUCCCUGGAGACUGCCUCCCAGCCCCACAGACUCCAGUGGGUUCCUGAGCAGAAGGGAGGAGUGAACAGAGCCCCCUGGCUGCCUCCCCACGCACCCAUCCAGGCUGGCUUCCAGGACGACUCCCUGCCACAGACUGAAGGGACUCCUGAGGUGCAGACUUCAAGGAGGAGCAGUCCACCCUGAAGGUGGCCAAGCCUGGAAGCCCCACCCUUCCCUGUGUCAUUCCUUCGUUCAUUUACGCAUUCAUUCAUUCCCUCACUCCUGCCUUUCUCAUUUGUCCCUUUCUGACCUCACUCACUCACUCACUCAUGGUACGUCUACUGGGCGAAAGCUACCUGCAGGCAGGUGAUGCUUUUUCCACCAGUCCACAGCUUUCUUUCUAAAGUGACCACCUGUUUGGAAAGGCCUCUCUUUACUCCUUUUAGACCUUUUUCUUCUUUGGAGUGGGAGGUCAUCUUGGAAUGUCAGUGGCCGGGCCCAGGGGCUGUGCUUUUCCCUGACUUCCUUUGCCAGCGGGACUGAAUUUUCUCAAGGCUUACAGGCCCCUCCAUGGAGUCCACAUGGCCUGUCUAGGCCUGAUAGCCUUUGUCUCUAUGUGGAGGGAAAAAGAUAUGUGCCCUGGUGGUUUUGGUGGAGGCUGCACAGGUGCGUGGUGGGCGGGGAGCUGCCAGGUUCCUUCCCUCAUCUCCCAGCAGACUAUGACUGACGCUGUAAGUCUCUCUCUGCAUUCACCCCGCCAGAUACUGAGAGGUUACAAAGGCUCCAAGGCCUGUACAUCUGUGGUCUCUCCAGAGAAGUGGUUCUCAGCCUUGACUGCACACUGUAACCACCCGGGCACUUUAAAAAGUACUGAGGCCUGGGGCCUACCCACAAAUGCUGAUUUAACUCCUCCAGGGUGGGGUCUGGGCAGUGGGGAAGCAGGAGGGGGUAAAAGCCACCCAGGUGAUUCCAGUGAUAGGUGAAGGUUGAGCAGCGACACCUUCCAGCUUCCUGACUGGCUCUGGGAGGGGAGCUGGGAAGGAGGACAGGAGGUGGGGACUUUAUACACACGGAGCACCUACAGCGUGGCUGUGGUUCCACACUCCUCUGUCAUUUAACCUCCACGCAUCACCUCAUUCUGACAUCACGGGGGCGCCACAGCCACAGUGAGGCCUGGCCUGGGCAGAGCAACUCUGGGUGCCCCACUGGGUCCCUCCCACAGUGGCAGGCAAGCCUAAUGGGAACCCGAGGCAAAAGGAAACAUCAGUAAUACAAAUCCUGUCUUUAAAACUGUGAUGUUUUGUUCACCAUGCUUUUUUUUUUUUUUUUUUGCCUUAAUUUUAAAAAUAUUGCAUUAAACUUAUUUAUCUUGAUUAUUGAG